AUGACUACAGGCACGACAUACCAGUAUUUACAAAACACAAAUUUAGGCACUAUUGCUGAAGUUCAGACACCGCCGAGACACGAAAGUGAACCUGAUGCGUCCUUACUCGUCGGAGACCAGAAGGCGCCUGUCUGGCAAAAGAUCAACAAAUGGCUGCCACGACGAGACGCCCAUCAAGACUUUUGGUGGGACGUCACGGGGAGACACCUUGUAACAAUGCUGCACGAGGCCGGCUACCCAUUGUCCCGCCAGUACGAAUGUCUUUUAUUCCACUACUACAUCAUUGUUCCUCGCAUGGGUCCGAGGCCUAGCUCGUCUGGUCAGCCUGUCUUCAAGAGCUUCAUGACGGACGACUUUUCACCCAUCGAGUAUAGUUGGAAAUGGGGCGAUACCAAUGCUGAUGCGCCUAGCAUCCGGUUGAGUGUUGAGCAUAUUGGACCAAACGCGGGUACGGCCCUGGACCUCUACAAUCGGGCAUCAACCAUCGAGGUCAUGGAUCAUCUACAUGCCGCAGACCCUUCUAUUGACCCUGUGUGGUUCAAAACGUUUCUACAUGACUUUGACCCUCAUAACAACGAGGCUGGCCACGGAAACUGGGGAAGUUCGCUUUUCACUGCAUAUGAGCUCGGCGCGGACAAAAUCGCCGCCAAGGCCUACUUCAUACCCAGGAAUAUCGAAGUUUGCCAGGAUUUCUUCACCCAUGGUUUUGAAAGAGCCAUGAGAAAUGUCUAUGGCAACGAUUCAAACUAUCUUUCUGUCUUCAAAAUCCUCUCCAACUUCCUUACCACCGACCCCAACGGCCAAGCGCUGCGAAUGCUGAUCCUGGGCAUUGACUGUAUGGCCCCAGAGAAGUCACGGAUCAAGGUCUACAUGCGAACUCCCGGUACCUCGCUCAGUCAAAUCAUUUCCAUCUUAUCGCUAGGUGGAAGGAGGCCUCUUUCUCAAGACUCUAUCGAUGAGAUCAAGGAGCUGUGGUGUGCUACACUGGACCUCGAUCAAGACAUAUCGGACGACGACGAUUUACCAAGGAUAGACCAUGAAACGUCUGGUAUGCUGUUUUACUUUGAAAUAAAGCCUUCGUCGCAUUUGCCAGAUGUGAAAGGAUAUAUCCCUGUACGGCAUUACGGGAGGAAUGACCUAGCUAUUGCACACGGCUUGAUUGGAUUCCUUGAGAAACGCGAUCGGGCUAAAUACAAGGAUCGGUAUUUGGAAAUGCUCAAAAGCUUUGCUGAGCAAGCCGAUUUGUCAUCCUCGCGAGGCUUGCAUACCUACAUUUCUUUUGGGAUUGGCAAAGACGGUCAUCUGCAGUUGACAUCUUACUUUAGCCCUCAGGUGUAUCACAGACUAGCUAAAGCAAAAGUAAUGUAG